AUGUUUGGACAGAGGGAUGCCCUUGCUUGUGACGACUCUCACAAAGAGAGAGUACAGAGUGGACCGAGGACAGACAAAGAGAAGGAUUUAAAGAUCACAGCUGUGAUCAACCCAGCUCUGGACAAAUAUUUCCCUGCUGACAGUGGCGUUAGGCUCAUUGCUGAGCCCGGAACCUUUUACGUGGAGUCCUGUUGCACGCUUAUUGUCAACGUCAUCGCCAAAAAAGUCAUCCAAGAAAAAAACAAAGAGACCAGUGACAGGAAUCUGGUGUACUAUGUCAAUGAUGGAUUACACACAUCUUUCCUGCUAAAUAUCUUUAAGUUUCAUUAUAUUUUGCCAAGACCACACAGGAAAAUAAAGAAAGAUGAAGUCUUUUUCCGCUGCUGUAUCUGGGGCCAAACAUGUAGCAGCAAUGACAUCAUUUCUGAGCGCUGUCACCUGCCUGAACUUCAAGUGGGGGACUGGCUGCUCUUUGAAAACAGGGGUGCCUAUAGCUUUGGUUUGUCUAGCACAUUUAAUGGAUUUCCAAAACCUUACAUCUAUUUCACCAUGCCCCACUCUGCUCAGUUAGUCACACAGUAACUUCAUACAUCAUAUGUUAUACAUAUGUCAUACAUUUAUACAUUUUAUAUUUCUUCAUUAAGAUUUGUCUGGUGUUGCGCUUUGGCCCAAAGGCAGUGUCUGUCAUUGGUGUGGAACCCCAGGGUUCACCUCCUGGGCAAGAUCCAAUCCCUGUUAGGGUGGUUGGUACCUUCCAGUGGACUCACCACCCGCAGGAAGGUUCAGGGGGGUUGGUGCGGUGCAGUGUGAUUUGGGUGGUGGUCAUGGAGACUGCUGUCCCCGUGACCCGGUAACGGAUAAGCGGAUGAAAAUGGGUGGAUAAUAUUUUUCAAGCUUUGGGAUUUAUACCUGCAGUACACUUCAGAACCCCAAGAGGGCUCUCUUUAUUUUCUAAAUAACCAAAGAAUAUUGUACAGCUGUUUGAACUGGGAGAAAACAUAUGCACAACGCUGUUUUAAAUUUCACAAAGGAAUGCUUAUUGACACGUCUCUAUUGUGUGGGGAAAUUAAGUACUUAAAAAUGUACUCCAAACUGCUCCACUUUGUUAGUGGAUUUGGAGAAACAGCACGCUGUUAAAACACGGGAAAGUAAAAAUUCAUUAUCAUUGAAAUUAUAUGUAUUGUAUUGUGUAUAUGUACUGUAAGUGAGUUGGAUUAAACAAUGGCUCACACAAGCUCCUGUUUGUUACUUUCUAAAUCUUGAAAUCAAAUUGUGUGAAAUAUUACUUUAUAUUACGCCUCA